AUGUGCACCAAAAAUGAUAGUGGCGUUAUGAAUCAAGUGCAAUCUAUCAAUUAUACAACGAUUUCUUUGAAUGGAGUUGAUAAUGUUGGCAAAAGCAUAUUGAUGCGUUAUAUGCCUACUAAAGGUGUUGAUUUACGAUCAGAUAUUCAUAACUACGAUGAUCUGAUGAAUGAUUUAAUGACGAAAAAUACUUUAAAAGCUUGGUGGUUUACAAACAGUAGUCAUGAAGAAUUUAUUACUGUUAUAAUGCGUGCAGCUAACAAACGUGCCAAUGUUGCAGCGAAAGAUAAUACAAAAUUUAUUAUAUACGAUCGUGGUGGUCUCAUGUUGGAAGCAGUGUGUAUUGCUACUAUUGCCUGUAAAGAAAAAUGUAAUUUAACAGCAGCUGAAAAAAUCUAUAAUUCAGUUAUAGAAAAAUGUAAAAUAACCAUUCCUCAUGAAAACAUUCGUAUAUUAUUAAAACAUGGGCAUAGUCUCGAAGAUUCAAUACAAAUAUCUUUGAUGCGUGAACAUGAAGAUGAUCAAGUUUAUGAAGAAUAUCAAAAGCUAUUACAAAAGCAAUUACAAAUUCAAGAAUUAAAUAAUAAAUAUACCGAUAUAAUUAAUGUUACAGAUAAAUCUGUUAUUCAAGUUCAAAAUGAAAUUCGUGCCAUUAUUAAACAGCAUUGUCUUUCUACUUUUACCGAAACGAUUGCAUCUUUUAAUUCGAUGUUUGAACAUGUUAAUGUUAUUAUUGCAUUUGAUGGUAUGUCUGAAUCAGAAAAAAGUACAUUGGCUGAAGGCACUUGUCGAAGAUUAGAAUCGGUUGGAAUGAAAUGUACACGUCUUAAAAUUGCAUAUCUUAUGGAAUUAGCUUCAGAUGCUCUUGGUUAUGAUGUCUAUCAAUUACCCGACGAAAAGCAAGUAGUUGAAUUAGUGAAGCAACUUGAUCAUUAUCUUCGUCGACAUUAUUGGUUUGCAGCAGUUACAAUUGAGAGCUUACAUCGUUUGGUAGCAACUCCAUAUCUUAUACUAAUUCUAGGCGAUCUUCUUCAAGUUGUUUACAUUGAUACACGUCUUGAACGUUCAUGUGUCGAUACUGAAGCUCUUCAUAGCGUAGACAAAAUAAAAUUUGAAACGACAACUUUGGUUCUCAACAAUGAUGACUUUACGUUUGACGAGUCUAUACAUCGUAUCUAUGAAAUGCUGAAACAGAAAAAUGAAAAAAUAAAGUUACAAGAAUUGAUGACUAACCGUUACUCUGGAAAAAUCAACUUGUAUUCCAAUCAAUUUGUACUUUGUGCUGGAUCGAUUCUCAUUAAAAAAUCUACACGUGAGGUGUGUCUUAUUAAUCAUUUAGGACAAUGGGGCUUACCAAAAGGUCGAAAAAAUGUUAAUGAGGCACUUUCAAUAUCAGCAGUACGUGAAACAUUUGAAGAAACAGGAUAUCAUUGUUCAUUAAUGCCAUUAACGAUGGAAACAAGAGCUACACCACUGACUACUACAAAUGAACAUUUACAGGAUGUUGCACGCAAAAUCAAUAAUAUCUCGGAACCGUUUAGCAUUUCACUUCGUCAAAUUGGAGGAACACCUACCAAUCGGAAAAUUAUUUUUUGGUAUGUAACACAAAUGGAUGAAGCAUUUCCAAGACAAGAAAAUACACAAAUGAUAAAUGAAAACUUUGAAGUGAAACUUAUAUCUCUAGAAGAAGCGACUAGUUUAUUGACACAUGACGAUGAUAAAGAUCUUGUAAGAAAAGCUUUUGAAUUAUUUAUUCAUUAA